AUGAUGAUACUCGCCCUGUGCUUGAUUGAAUUAGCAGCAACAACCUCAUGCCAUCUCAUACGAGUCCCAAACUCACUAAAUCCCUGGAUCACCGAUCAAUCAUCUUCAAGUCCUGACAGACAAGACAAGCAACCAUCCAGCUCAAAUCAUGCUACACUCAGCGAUGCAACGGACACAUUGAUGGAGCGAUCGCUCUCAGCUCUGUCCCACAUCGACACGGCUUCUUUUCGGGUCCCAGGCACUGACUUGACCGCCAAAUUCAGCACUGUUCAAGGAGGUACAAGAUUCCGGUCUUCAGAUGCUCGUAAUGUACUUGCCAUGAAGAUCGCAGAACUCAAGCGAUUACCUUCGUCAUUUGUCGUUGAUCCCGCAAUGCAACGUAAUUCCCACGGUACUGCACGUUUGACGCUCUCGAGAGGUAGGUCUAUGGAUGAUUAUCCAAAUUUCUACAACGGCGAUUGUAGGAAGACUCUGGAUCUAUUGUGUACAGCGGCAAUUGGCAUUUUGGAGACCCUAGAAUUCUCCGUGCUCCUGAAAUGGAGAAAUGGCCAGCAGGUUGGUGCAAUUGCAAUGUCUAGACCCCGAUCUUCAAACUCGUCAGAAUCAGUACUGGAGUCUUCUGUAGAAAAGAAAACAACGAUGCUUGCUAAUAGGCGGUCAUUUGUGCCGGUUCCAGACGACUAUACUUUCAAGGUACCUAAAACACAAUUGCGAGUCACUCUGUACCCACACGAAGCCUAUCAACCACUUGUUGCAUCAAUUGUCCGAGCAUUACUCAAAUCAAUGCAAGCAGAAAUAUCUCUCAAGCCCGGGCAGGAAAUCAUUAGGGAAGAGCUGAGGGAAGAAAUUAAAGAGGGGACCGACAUCAUAAGCCUCGCCUUAGAGCCUCUCCUAGGGACUGGCUUUGGCUACGAUCUGACCUUCUCCGACGCUUCGCUAGUCCUCGAGGCACUGAUGACAUACCUAUCUGAACAGGAGAUUUACGAAACAAUGCAGUAUUCGGUCUAUGCUGUCACGGACUUUGUAGCUUGGGGCAGCCUUCGCUCUACUAAAAGAGCGGGCACGAUAGGCAUGUUCAAUCUGACAAGUGCUAUCUUUCCCAACGUUACUAUUCUCAAGUGA